GAUGCGAAAACUCGUUCUCUUUUUUUUUUCUCUCUCCCUCAGAAAGAUUAAAGCGGCGGGUAGAAAUUCUAAGAAAUUGUGGCCAAAACUUACACAAAGGGUUUAUGAAUAAAACGCGUAACCGUAAGGGGCGGACAAAGAAGAGGGGUGUCCUCGCUCGGACUCUUGCGUUGCGAUCGGAGUGUUUCUGGUUCGAAUCCCGCCGCUGGCGGACACUCCUCGAUCGCAUACAGGGAGGAGGGACGGUUCGACGCGGCGUCACAGUCAAACUAAGCGUACAGUAAAGUUCUCGAGCGCUGCACGUGUCACCUGGAGCUACGCGACUCGCAGGCGAUCUUACAGUAAGAAUCGCGCGGAGGGGGAGGGGGAGACGGUUGCGGGUUCGAGUCCCUCUCCACUAAGAGGAAGCGCGACUCCGCGGCGCGCGUCACUCGGCGCUGAGUGAGGCGCUCGGCAGGAAGCAGCCUUUCCUCCCGGACGCCGCAGCGCUUCCCCCUGCCGCUCAAUGCGCCGCUCGGCUCCGAACGCGCUGGUCGCAGCCUGGAGCGAGAAGAAGAAGAAGAAGAAGAAGAAGAAUGUCUCCUUGGGAAAGAGUCCUCCUGUGCGUCCAGCUCCUCCUGCACAGUCACUGGAGCGUCCGUGAGCUGCCGUGCGACGCGCUGCACGUCCAACAGGCGUUCCGCUCCCCGAACCGCACCAACAACUUCGUGGUGGACGGCGGCUCCGGGCGCCUCUACCUGGCCGCUGUCAACGCGAUCUACCAGCUGGACGCGUCCCUGCGCGUGGAGAGCGAGCAGCCCACGGGGCCCGUGCUGGACAACGUGCUGUGCCACGCGCCGCAGCUGCCCCAGGCGCCCUGCGAGCACCCCAAGAGCCUCACGGACAACUUCAACAAGCUCCUGCAGCUCGACCCCCAGCAGCGGGUGCUGGUCGCGUGCGGCUCCGUGUACCAGGGCUUCUGCGAGCUGCGCAGGAUGGAGAACAUCUCGCAGAUCGCCGUGGAGUUCCCGCCGCCCGGCGCCAAGACCGUGUUCCCCAGCAUGCUGAACAUCGCGGCGAACGACCCGAACGCCUCCACCGUGGGGCUCGUGUUCAGGAGCCACGGGGGCCACGCCAAGCUGCUGGUGGGGGCCACGUACACGGGCGUGGGCACGCAGUUCUUCCCCAAGAACCACAGCAAGGAGGACCUGAGGUUCGAGAACACCCCGGAGAUCGCCAUCAGGUCCCUGAACAUCAAGGAGCUGCCGAAGCUCUUCACCUACGACAUCAACCCGUCGGAGGACAACGUGUUCAAGAUCAAGCAAGAGGUGAAGCAGAAGAACAAGCUGAGCUUCGUCCACGCCUUCGUUCAGAAGAGCUACUCGUACAUCGCCAUCAACAACGACGCCAACUUGGGCCACAAGGAGAGUCAACCCAACAGCAUCCUGGCGCGCAUCUGCCUGGACGCGGAGAGCCCGCGCCGCGCGAGCGCCGAGAGCAGGAAGCUCACCGAGUCCUACAUCCAGAUGUUCCUGCAGUGCGGCUCCAACGGGAACAUCUACAACCGCCUCGUGUCCGUGUACCCGGCCGAGAUCAGCGUGUCGCCGGGCGCCCGGGCUCGCGACCCGCCGCACGCGCAGCCCUACCUCUUCGGGGUCUUCUCCAAAGCAGGCAGACACACUGCGCUGUGCGCCUUCAGGUUCGCCGACAUCGAGGAGGCGAUCCGCCAGGGCAGGAGGAACUGCUCGAGCUCGUCCAGCAGCGAGGACGUGCAGGUGCUGGACAGCGUCAUCCAGGGCUCGGGCGCCGUGUGCGUGCAGAAGGGCAACAUCGUGCUGCAGCCCGAACAGCUGGACUGCGGCGCCGCUCACCUGCAGCACCCGCUCGCCCUGCGCAGACCGCUGGCGGCCGCCCCGCUCUUCGAGUCCGUGGGGCUCAGCUCCGUGGCCGUGGACGACGUCCACAAUCGCACCGUGGUCUUCUUGGGCACCGGCGGCGGCCGACUGCGCAAGCUCAACCUUCUGCCAGACCUCUCCGUGGCCAACCAGAGGUCUUUGAAAGUGGCCGCCGGGGAGCCCGUCCACCACAUCAUGACGUUUGACCCCAGCGACCGGGACUACCUUUACCUCAUGACUUCUAACCACCUCCUGAGGGUGAAGGUGUCCAAGUGCGACCAGUACGGCGGCUGCAGGGAGUGCCUGAGUGCCGGCGACGCUCACUGCGGCUGGUGCACGUUGCAGAGCAGGUGCUCCAUCCGGAAGGAGUGCGGCUCCCAGCUCGCGCACUCCUGGAUCGGAGUCGGCGAGGGACCCCAGCGGUGUCCUUCCAUGACCAUCACCCCGCCGGACAUCAGCAUCGCCUCGGACGUGGAGAACCUCGGCAUCCUGAUCAACGGCAGCGUCCCGGACCUGCAAGGCUUCGCGGUGGAGUGCGACUACGGCCCGAGCGGCGCCACGGCCGCCACCGUGCACUCCAACGGCAUUUCCGUCCAGAUCCAGACCUGCUCUCUGCUUCCCCGAGUCAACUUCCCCAGGAUCCCCGUCGGCAAGGAUCACGUGACCGUAGCCGUGAGCGUCAAGGUGGACGGCGUGCCCGUCGUAUCCGGAAGUUUCACUCUGUACGACUGCGAGAAGACGGGCACGGUGCACCCGAAGAUGGAGUGUAACAGCUGUUUGGGCACCAGGUGGAAGUGCUACUGGGACCAGGAAAAGAACAGCUGCCUCUUCAGCAAAAACACUUCCGAAGACUUAAUACCCGGGGUCAGCACUGUCGAGUCCUGCCCAGUCAUGCAAUCUUCUGAAAUUCCCCCAUCGCCCUCCGGUCGCUCUCAGGACAUCGUCGUCUCCCUCCUCAACGUUAAUGAGGGCACGGCUCUGCACUGCGACUUCGGAGGGAACCAGCUAUACGAGGCCAAGUGGAUCAGCCCGGCGGAGGUCAAGUGCAUGGAUGUGACACUCACCACAAUGGAGAUGAGCCAGGUGUUUCAUUUGAACCUGAGGAGAAGGGAUUUCCUGGACAAGUACAUUGACAGCCCUAAACCAAUGAGAGUGGAGGUGUACAACUGCGGUGCCGGGAGCGCCGACUGCUCCCAGUGCUGGGGUCGAGAGGACCAGGGACACCUCUGCGCCUGGUGCGACAACACCUGCAAGCCGCGGGACGACUGCCUGCCCCUCAGGACGCAGUGCCCGGGCCCCGAGAUCCACCAGAUCAUGCCCCUGAGUGGGCCACUUGAGGGAGGCACCCUUCUCACAGUCCAGGGAAAGAACCUGGGACGGAGGGUCUCUGAUGUGAAUGUGGCCAUCGGCAGCAUUCCCUGCAGGCUGCUCCACGACAGAUAUACUGUCUCUGUGCAGCUAGUGUGUGUGACGGGGGAGUCCAGGGCUGAGCUGUCGGACGUCGUGACCGUCACUGUGGACAACGCAGCAGUGGGAUCCUCCAAAGAAGCCUUUUCAUACCUGAUCCCCAGGGUUCUCUCGUUGGAGCCCAGUAACGGCUCCCUGAGUGGAGGCACCGAAGUUGUCAUCAGAGGGGAGCACCUGAACGCGGGGUCCCGGGUGCGAGUGAGGGUCAACGGCACCCAGGACUGUGCCAUACUGCUGAAUGACGCGAACGCCAUUGAGUGCCGAAUGCCAGCGGCAGAAAACACUCGGCCCGAGACCGUGCCCGUGUGCGUGGAGUUUGAAGACCUCCCGUGUCAGAACCUUCAGAUGAGCUCGUUCUACUCCUACGAGAAGAACCCCAUCAUCACCACGAUCCAGCCACAGAAAAGCCACCUCAGUGGCGGGAGGACCAUCACAGUGAAAGGACAGGGUUUCAACUUGGUGCAGACCGUCGACAUGGAGGUCAGAGGGAUCGGGAUUGAGCAAGCUUCCUGCUCCGUCCAGUCAAACACGGUCAUCAUCUGUUCCUCGCCGCCUUCUCCUGAGUCCACGCAGGCCUCCGUGAAGUUCUACCUGAACGGUGUCCUGUACACUGGGGACCGCCCUGUCUCCCAGAUGGACCUGGAGGAGGAGGAGGAGGAGGAGGAAGACGAAGAGCCCUAUGGGACGCAAUUCUACAUGGAGUACCUGGAGGAUCCACAGUUCUUCACAGCCACUAAGGACAAGUUCAUCAAGCACCAUCCUGGAGAGCCCCUCACUCUGAUCAUAAAUAAAGGACCCAACGCCCUGGACCUGGCGCCGGAGGAAUACUCUGUGACCAUCGGAUCCGUUCCGUGUGACAUCAGCUUCAGCAACGACCAGCUGUUCCACUGCACCAUCAACGGCUCUCUGAACUCGCACGAACGAGAGCAGCCGGUCAUUGUGCAAGUGGGGAAUUUCCGCAAGGUCAUCGCCACGGUGCAGCUGGGCGGCAGUGAACUGGCCAUCGUGGUGUCCAUCGUGGUGUGUAGCGUCUUGUUGCUGCUGUGCACCGUGGCGCUCGUGGUGUACUGCACAAAGAGCCGGCGAGCCGAGCGCUACUGGCAGAAAACCCUGCUGCAGAUGGAGGAGAUGGAGUCGCAGAUCAGGGAGGAGAUCCGUAAAGGCUUCGCCGAGCUGCAGACUGACAUGACGGACCUCACCAAGGAGCUGAACCGCAGCCAGGGCAUCCCGUUUCUGGACUACAAGCAGUUUGUCAUGCGGACCUUCUUCCCCAAGAUGUGCUCGGACUAUGAGAAGAGCCUUCUGCAGCCCAUCUACGAGAAUGACAAUCAGGCGCCCCGGGCCUUGCCGGAGACCCACCCCCUACUGCAGGACUGGAAGCCGGCCAGCACUGCCAAGCCCAACAUGGAGGAGGGCAUCGCCCUGUUCUCGACGCUUCUCAAUAACAAGCACUUCCUCAUCACCUUCGUGCAUGCGCUGGAGCAGCAGAAGGACUUCGCUGUGCGGGACAGGUGUAGCCUGGCCUCCCUGCUCACCAUCGCCCUUCACGGCAAGCUGGAGUACUUCACGAGCAUCAUGAAGGAGCUGCUCGUGGAUCUCAUCGAUGCCUCGGCCUCCAAGAACCCCAAGCUCAUGCUGCGGCGCACUGAGUCCGUGGUGGAGAAGAUGUUGACCAAUUGGAUGUCCAUCUGCAUGUACAGCUAUCUCAAGGAAACUGUAGGCGAGCCUUUCUUUCUGCUGCUCUGUGCCAUCAAACAGCAGAUAAACAAGGGGUCCAUUGACGCCAUCACCGGAAAGGCCCGGUACACCCUAAAUGAGGAGUGGCUACUAAGGGAGAACAUUGAGGCUAAGCCCCAGAACAUCAACGUGUCAUUCCAAGGGUUUGGAAUGGACUCCGUCACUGUGCGUGUGAUGAAUACAGACACCAUCUGCCAGGCCAAGGAGAAGAUCCUGGAGGCCUUCUAUAAGAACCUGCCCUUCUCUCAGUGGCCCUCUGCUGAUGAUGUGGAUCUAGAGUGGUUUGCGUCUGGGAGCAACAGCCGGAUUCUCAUGGAUCUGGACAACACGUCAGUCAUGGAAGAUGGCAGGAAGAAGCUUAACACAGUAUUCCAUUACAAGAUUCCAGACGGUGCCUCGCUUGCCAUGAGCCUGAAAGACAAACGGGAGAACUCUCUAGGAAGAGCCAAAGAUCUGGACACAGAGAAAUAUGUUCAUCUGGUCCUCCCGAAUGACGAACUGAUGGAAACCAAGAAGUCCCACAGACACAGCCACCGCAAGAAGGUUCUCCCGGAGAUAUACCUUACCCGGCUGCUCUCCACCAAGGGAACUCUCCAGAAGUUCCUGGAUGAUCUGUUCCAGGCCAUCCUCAGCAUCCCGCCAGACAGACCACCUCUGGCCGUCAAAUAUUUCUUCGAUUUCCUGGAGGAACAAGCUGAUAAGCGAGGCAUUACAGACCCAGACACCCUGCACAUCUGGAAGACCAACAGCUUACCUUUGAGAUUUUGGGUGAACAUUUUGAAAAAUCCUCAGUUUGUGUUUGACAUCGACAAGACGGACCACAUGGACGCGUGUCUGUCCGUCAUCGCCCAAGCUUUCAUCGAUGCCUGCUCCACCUCGGACCUGCAGCUGGGGAAGGACUCUCCCACCAACAAGCUGCUGUACGCCAAAGAGAUCCCCGAGUACAAGAAGAAGGUACAGUGGUACUACCGGCAGAUCCAGGAGAUGACGCCGCUCAGCGAGCAGGAGAUGAACGCUCACCUGGCAGAGGAAUCCCGGAAAUACAGGAACGAAUUCAACACAAACUUGGCCUUGAUGGAAAUCUACAAUUACGCCAAGAAGUACCGUAAUCAAGUGGCGAAUGCGCUGGAUGCCAACCCGACAGCCCGGCGCACGCAGCUGCAGCACAAGUUUGAGCAGGUCAUCGCCCUGGUGGAGGACAACAUCUACGAAUGCAGCAGCGAGGCCUAAACCCCGCCCAUUAACGCCCUGCCCAUCCCCCACCCGUCUCACCAGCUGAAAAAGCAGGGCCAGCAUCCAUUCAAACAGACCCACGAGUCAACUGUCUUCGAACCGGAACGACGGGCUGCGACAGACCUUACAAACCUUUGAGGGGAUUGAUCCAACCGCAUACCGGAUGAGGCCUGGCGACACUAGUAGUUUGCCCCCUUCGUCAAGCAGAAUGACUGCGUUUCAGCGAACGAAGUGCGCAGAAAAAAAUGCUCAUCCGCAAAGUACGUUUGAGCACACCAGGAACAGAGGACUACCAAGACUCGAGUCACUUUGUUUCAAGCCACCAGGGAAGAGCUGGUGGUCCUGUUGUCACUGGACGGCGACCCGGGGUUGUACUCACGGCAGGAUCGCACGCACUGACCCCCACCUUCUGAGGACAAGUGAAGAAUGCACUGAACUGUAAAAUAUGUGUUCAUAGCAAUAUUUAUAGUCCUAUUCUCUCUAUUACAGUAUGGGGAAUUUAAAUAUGAAUGAGAGAACAUUGUUAUUAUAUAUCCCUGUCCCCGCUCUUCUCCAGACACGCAGUUACGUACUCAGGUCUGAGCUGUGAAGAUGACAGAUAUGAUUUUCUACUGGUGCUUUGAACUGUGAUCUCAGCUUGCUCUGGGUGAUUUCUGGCAGAGUUCAUGUUGACAUACAAUCCCAGCAAUGGCCUGGGUGAUGUUUCGACAGAAUGAAUGAACUGCAAGACCUGUUUCCUCAAACACGGACUUCGCUGAAUGCUAAAAUGAGGGACAGCCGUUCCAGAUCCAGUUGUCUUUUUGGCUACAUUAUGGAAAAAAACAAGUGGAAAAGUGAAUAAAAUGUGAUUUUUUUUUUUUUUUUUUUUGAAGGCUGUGUUUCUUUUAGAUAAAACAGACUUUGUUACUUUAUUUCUGAUGUUACUUGACUGAGCGUGUACACAAGUCUGUUUAAAGGAGCUCAAAUGGGCUUGUCCUGUUUUCAGAUAAAAGGUCAAUUAAAAUGAACUUUUUUGCUUUUUGGUGCCUAAACAAAA